GACUGGCGCUGGUAACAACAAAGGACGUGGCCUCCGAGCAUUUCAAUCGGAGAAGGAUGAGGGACUCAUCCCCAAGAAGAAGACGGAAGAUGAGGCGGUUGAGGCUGCACCUGCCAAAAAGGCACGUGGCCAACAACCAGAUGCAGUCAGCAAGCUAACGCCUCCGUCAAAGCCAAUUUCCAGAUGGUCAGACAGAUUAAGCUUCGAAGAGCAGCUCGAAGAUUUCAUGAAAAUGCCCCGUCGGGGCAUGUAUAAUCGAUACCUCGUUCUUGGAAAGCUCCCACCAGAGCUGCGGACAGGUGAAAACAUUUGGAGACUGAUGCAACCUGUUCAGAAGGACAUCGUGCAGGUGGAGAUGUUGACAUGCUUCGGCAAGCCGGUUGCGCAUGUGACUUUGCGCAGCGCUACCGCAGCCGCAGCCAUGCAUCGCCUGUGCGAGCAGAAUCACAAGAAUCUGACGGUUGCCUUUGCACCGCCUCGAAAGGCCACGACCACCCUGUGGCUAGGGAAUGUGGACGACUUCGUGCCCCGAAAGUCGCUCGAAAGUGUCCUGGCCUCGUAUGGCAAAGUCUUACACGGCUUGCGAUACCUUCCAGCUCGCACAUGUGCAUUUGCUACAUUCGGCGAGGUGAGUAGCUCGAUCGCCGCUAGGAAUAGCCUGUAUGGCUUGGAGGUGCAGAAGAAUCAGUACCUGAACAUCGACUUCGUUGAUGAUGUAGAUGCUCAAGCCGCCCCACCGGAU